AUGAACUCUCUUAUUUCCCUUUCUAAGGCCGGAAUCUUUGCCACAUUGGUGGCCGCGGCUGCCUCUAAGUCAUGCAAUACAGAGUCAGGUUUUGAGGUGACAUUCUACGGGUAUGCAGAUAACGACCCUCCUGGUGCUGAUAUUGCAUAUGAUUGCGGUCGUGGCUACAAGGCAGGCGGCACCGGCACUUACAAUGACCCCCUGACCUUCGCCACCGCUCCUGGUGAAUUCGCCAAGUGCGACAUCAUCUACCUGCCAUAUUUGCAGAAGUACCUUCGCUUUGAGGAUGAAUGCGAGCAGUGCACCAGCGAUUACAAGGAUGGAAAAUUACAUAUCGAUAUCUGGACUGGCCCAACAAACUCAAACGGUGGUAGCAAGCUGCUCAAGUGCGAAGACUCAUUGACUCCUAGCGCAUCUCAGAUUGUGGUCACCAACCCACCAAACAGUCUGACACUGGCGCUCUCUUCUCUUCUGGAACUUGCCAUACCUCAAACACUUAUCCCUCCGCCUCCGGUUCCAAAUCGGACUACUGCAGCGGUUCGUCCUCGGGUGGAGGUGAUGGUCCUGACCCAACCACAUGCGCCUGGCCUGGGCAUUGUACUUCCUGCUCUUCCGAUAACGAUUGCUCCGAUCCCUGGUCCUGCAAGAGCGGCGUUUGCGCUUAAAGUCGCCCUUCCAUUUGUCGGUCAGGGUGGUGUCGACCUGAUCGGGGAACUGUACUUGAAAGGGAAACAAAGCAUAGCCAUCUAG